UAAUAUUUAAAAAAACACGUGAAUAUUAUUGUGAACCAUGGCAAAAAUUAAAAAAGCUAUUAAAAGUGUAAGUAGCAAGAAAAAAGAAGUGAAAAAUAUAGAAAAUGAACCAACGAUUGAAGAACUAAAUGCCGAAUUAAAGAAAUUAGGAUCUAAAAUUAAACAAAACACUGAAGAACAUGAAAAAAUCUUAAAUGAAGAAUAUAUACCUGAAAAUCAAGUUAAAUCUGCUUUAAGAGGUUUAUUAGCUCUAAACAAAAAGAAAAACUCUUCGAACAAUAAAAAUUCUUUAUUAAAUGAACAUGGAUCAAUUUUUCUUCAAAUAAUUGCGAUUAAAAUUCCCAAAACACCAAGAUAUUUUUUAAGAAUAGAACUUCCACAUAAUUUACUAAGUAACACAAGUGAUGUAUGUUUAUUUGUACCUGAUCUUCAUAAAGGUCGUAAAACUGAUCAUGAACCUACUAUAGAACAUUAUGAAGAUUUACUACGAAGCCAUGGUGUCAAAAAUAUUAAAACUAUAAUUCCUAUGCGUCAGGUUAAAGUUGAAUACGAUCAAUUUGAAUUGCGGCGAAAAUUAUUGGGACAAUUCGAUUACUUUUUAGCAGAUGCAAGAAUCAGUAAACACUUAAAUCAAAAGUUGGGUAAAAUAUUUACAAAUAAACGAAAAAAUCCAACACCUAUUCGAUUAGAUGCAAAAGAUUUGAAAAAGGAAAUAGAGCGAGGUUUAAGUAAAACAUUAAUGCCAAUUAAUUCGGAUGGUGAUACAUUUACGGUUAAAAUUGGUCAUACUGAUCAAAAAAUUGAACAAAUUACUGAAAACAUUUUAGCGGCUGUUAAAAAAUUGGCAACAAGUUUCCCUGGAAAAUGGGAAAAUAUACGUACCAUCAUUUUAAAAACACAUGGAAUUCUUCCUAUUCCAAUCUAUAUUUCCCUUCGCCCACCAAGUGAAAUUUCAGUUCCAGUAGUAAGAGCUAAGCGACCGAAAACAUUUGCACCAGUCGAAGGUGAAUUAUCGACAUAUUUGAAUCGAAAAGUGAAAGUCACUCCUUAUGGUGAUAUAGAAAUAAGUGAUAAUGGAAAUGAAACUUUAUUAACGGAUGUCGAAGACGACGAACAAUCAGAUGGUGAAGAAAGUAAUACAAAAUCAAAUAAAACAAACACUGAAACAAAUAAUAAAAAAACACAAUUAAAAAAUAAUAAGAGAAAAAUCGAAAAGGAUGCUGAAAGUAAUGAAAAUGAAUCAGACGAUAGUGACGAUGAAGAAAAUAACGUUUUGGCAAACGCUGAAGAAAAAUAUUUAGUAAAUUAUGUACAUGAAUUAAAAACUGUAAAAAAAGCUAAAAAAGGUGAAAAUGCUAAGAAACCUAAGAAAACAAAAAAAUAG